CCUCCUUUCCCGGGCCCAAACCCGCGCGCUGAUAGUUGUUCUGGCAACCUUCUAGUCCUGCCAAGCUAUGAAAUGAACACAACCUGGUUCUGAAUGUUAGUUUGUCCACCUAAACUCUCGCGUUCCCGCGUCUGCGUUGGAUUGCCAUCCGGUGUCCCGCAGCACAGGCUCCGCCUCGGGCGACGGAGAGGAGCUCAGGACAUUGCACUCUUUCGCGACAAUGCACCGCGUUCGAAUACGUCGCCGUCGGAGGAUCUUUACGCUGCUCAGGGAGAUCUGAAACAGCUUAACGUCCGCUAUACGAAUAUCCCGGAAAACAGACGGCAACAUCCCUCCAAUAUCACAUCCGUUCAUGGUUUAACCAUUGACCGAUCUGCAGGAAAUGGUUUGCUUCACAGUCAGAUAUCAAUGAGGCGGGGGGUCUUUUCGCUGGUGUCGCCAUGUACUGGAGCUCGCAAACUAACGUCAUCAGCGGCCUUCAACAAUGAUACUCCGUCUUCCGGGGUGAGGGCGAAUUACGCCCAUCCGCGUGGUUUGCCCAUUACACUUGAGCGACGUAUUCGAGACACCUUCACUUUUGACAACCCCUCACGGGUCUUGUGGUUUGGCCAGGAAGUGAAAAACCAUGAUCUGGCUGUAAGGUCAAAAGCAUAUCUGUACAAUGGAUUGGAGAUUCGACAGUGGAAAUUGGCCAACAGAGAGCUGUACCAGGCUAGAUGGGAUGGGAGAGAAGUGGAGGAAGAAUUUGUCGACUUUCCGUUGGACGAAACCGAUACGCACCUACUUGAAACCCUAAAACAGGGUGGCCUGGAAAAGUUCUGUGAAGAGUGGAAUUCUCUAAACGAGGUGCAAAAGGAAGUCCACUGGGCACCACUGUCGCUGUGGCUAUUGCGGAACUCUCCCGCGCUAACUUUGGAUUUCCUCUUUGCCACUUGUCGGAGUUUCCACACCAGACCGCCCUUUACAAUGGUCGCGGACUGCCUGAUAUAUCUCGAAGACCUGCAUCGUGCUGAGGUGGAGCAAUGGAGAAGUGGUCCCCACGAUUUUCGGUCUGUUAUAAGGUUUUGCUUGGAUCCCAGCCGCUGGCCUGUCGCUUUUGUACCGCAAAAAGGUGUGCGUCUCUACAUAAGGAUGGCAGACCGCAAGCAUGUCUACGUCGCCUGGACAUACGUGUCCAAGCGCAAACACAGGUUGAAGGGCGAGACUUUUCUUGCUUUUAUGAACCGCUUUAUGGAAUUCGGGGACGUUAACAACGCAUUCUGGGCCCUGAAACUCGCAAGGUACAUGUUUGCAAGAAUGGAUAUACCCCCCAUGAAUCUGAUGGUUGCCCGGCAUUGCGCGAAGUUCUUAACACUUGACUCAGUUGUCGACCAUCCGGAUGGGCGCAAUUUUCGCAUUCUCCCCAAGCUCAUCAGUAUGGGGAUCGAACCAGAUCGAGACAUGAUGAACGUGGUUCUGUCCAACGCUCUUAAGACAGGGGAUCCUCAGUUAGGUCUUGACGUGCUGCGCUUUAUGAAGGCUGAAAGCUUCGAGCUCGACUCCUACAGUUAUUUGUCUUUACUACACGAUGCAGUCGCUCGUCUAGACCGAGAGCGGAUUGCGCACUUGAUGGAGGAGCUCGAAGCACGGCCGGAGCUCAAGAAGAACCCUUACAUAGCGAGCAAGCUUUUCCAUUCCCAUUUUGUUUUCAACGUGAAGAAUUUUGAUGCCACGGCAAGCCGCCGCGAGAUCUUCUACUCUCUGUUGAAAAUAUAUCAUGAAGUGCAUGACAUUACGCCGUUGCAGGAUCUCUCGAUAGUACCUCGCGAUUACAAUCCUCCAACAAGCGGCGAGAAGACACCUCCCUCUACCAUUGCCCUGUAUCUCAUGAUUGCGACCUGGCUCCGAUGCCAAAUCCAGGUGGCCAAUGUCGACCGCCUUUAUUUCAAGUUCCGGGAACUUGUGAGCCAAGGCCAUAAAGAUAUCGCCCCUCUCGCUGCAACCGAUCAUACCUACAACGAGUUCAUGCUUGCGUAUCGGAAGAACCCUCACGGGCUCCGAGCUGCUUGUCGCGUCAUGGAAGACAUGCUCCGCUCCGCAAAUGAGGGUGGCGGCGAUACUGGCAGCCCCGAGGCAACUAUCACCCAAACCCGGCCAACGGUCCGGACGUGGACGCUGUUGUUGAGUGCCUUUAUCUGGAACAAACAGCCACUCGCGGGUGAGAGGGUGAAAGGCAUGAUGGCUAGUCACGGAAUUAAGUAUGACAUGGGUACGUGGAAUGUCAUCAUCGCGGGGUUGGCGGCCCGACAAGACGCACAGGGAGUCGCGCAGUCCAUCAAGGAACUGGAAGCUCAAGGUUUCAUCGCCGAUGCUUAUACGAUGAAGAGUCUGAGCUACCUUCGAGAGCCGGAACAACUCUGGGCUGCGAUGGAACAAUUAGACUUGAAAUCCGCGCACUUGAGACCUGAGGGCUUUCGGCGGCCCGCUCCUACCCCUCUGGAGCUGGACGAGACAGACGAUGAGCAGCUCGCCCCUGCUUUUCGGGAGCUGGAUGAGGUGGAAGAUGGGAUCCCCACUCCUACCCUUGUACAGCUAGAUGAGUUGGAAGAUGAGCAGCUCCUCGACCGAGGCCUGCAGCGUCUGAAAGCCAACGCAUGAGAUACCCUUCCGUCUGUUUUCCGUGUUAUUUAUCUUUUCUUGCAUCUCUAGCGCUGGCAUGUAAAUACGGUGGUUUCGGAUAAAAUCCUAUCGAGCAUUGGUGUCCGGAUAGUGUGGGACUUUGUGUACGAUAUACAGAUCAAUGACCAUGAGGGAUCCUGCAACAAAAACAGACGCGGAAAGAGAAGCUUCAGUAACGCCACCGCCUGGUACAAUGACCAUGCUAUUCUGAGACCGUAAGAAGAUAAGGCGAGUCCAUCAGC